UGAUGACUGUGAGGCCGGGCCUCGUUGGAUGGACGGAGCCGGUGAGGCGCCCAACGAAUGCGCCCCGCGGGGUCGGAGGAGGCGAGGCCGGGGAGGGAAGGAGGAGGCCCUCGUGCCUCUCGGUGUUUGAGAAGCGGAGGGGAGGAGAGGCGGGGGGUGGAGGGUGGUGGAGUGCCGCGACCGCAAGGAUUUAGACAAUCGCGCGGGUAACUUUUGUGUUUCGUAAGGCGCCCACACAGAGGCAGGGCCCCCCACAACGCCUGCUGGCCCCCCGCCACAACGCCUGCUGGCCCUCCCUCGUGGUGUUCGGUGUCUGUAACACCCCUCCCCAGCUCCCCUACCGGGGCCGGCCUACUGCCUAAAGGAGGAGGCCGGGGCCAGGCAGGCCUCUUAACUUCUACGUCGGGCGAGAGAGAAUUCGUGGGCCAAAUGUUGUUCGGCGUUAUAUUUUUAAGACUUAAAAAAAAAACCAGAGAUCGAUGGCAAAGUGGUUGUUUUUGUGUCGAGGAAGCUUUGCAUUUUAUGUUGUCGUCGCCCCGUUCGUCGUGAUAGACGGAACUUUUUUGUUUUCCGCAAGGCAGGCAGAUUUUUUUAUUUCUUUCUUUAAAGGGACCACUCCUGUUCGGGGUGACGUCAGCCCCGGCGGAAGAGACCGUGGGAGCCAAAUGAUGGCAUCGUCCCUUCAUUUAUUUGUUUUAUGAUGCCCGCCGAGUAAAUUACAUGACGCCCAAUGCACCUGCUCAUGAAUGCUUUGGGCAACCACUUUCUUGGGCAGUUUAUUUCGUAAAUUUCAUAUGCAAAGAUAUGCCUAGGCCACCCCCCCCUGCCCCCAACUGACAUGGGAAUGUGGAAUUUCACAACAAUGGCAUAACGAGCUGUAAACAGAUGAGCGCCAGACCAGGCUUUUCAGUGGGAAACCACUUUGGGUUUUUUUUAAUGAGAUUAAUCUUAUUUGUGCAAUCGGAAAAUCGCGAGUCGGAGACAUCAAGUUGACUGCAUGUGGGCUUUUGAGGCAAGACACUUUGAGGCGAGGCACAUUGAGGCAAGACGCAUUGGGGCAAGACGUUAAUCUCAAAGGGAUGAUGGCUUGAUGAAUGAUGGGACCAACCGAAUGGCAGCUGACGGAGGCAAUGCACCUGGGAGUGAGAUGGAUUGUGGCAUCACAGGACGGGAAACCAUUAUCUAGCAUUAGAUAAUCAUUGGCUGAUUAUGAUGAGUUCUUAUUUCAUGAAAAUAUACCUUUUUAUUAGUUCGGUUGUAGCCAUUAUUUUUGAAGCUUGCAAUGAUGAUGAGGAGGAGAGGGGGGAGCAGCGGUUCACAGAGAUAAUGUGUAGGUUUAUGACCUGGAAUUGCAACCUUUCAUAGUUGUCUCAAAUGUAGAUGUUACUGUAAGUGUUCUUGCAUUGUACAUUAUUUGUGUGCCUUUGAUCUAAUCACCCAUAAUGCUCCCGAUUUCUUCAGAUCUCGGAAGCUCAUCGAAGUUGAGCCAGGAUUGUGCUCGAUGGGUGACCAUCACGUGUGGAACAGAAAUUUGACGGACUGAUGCAACCCGAGUUCAGGACCUUCUCUGUGGACCCUCAGAUCACAUCCUUGGACGUCCUGCAUCACAUUUUAGUCCGAGCCUUCGAACUAAGCGGAAAGAAGAACUUUGUGCUGAGUUACCUGUGCCAGGAGCCGGGCGGUGAGGAGAUGUAUUUGUCCAUGUUCUCCGACUGGGAUUUAAAGUCUGCAUUUGGCAGCGCGUCCAAGCCCUUCCUGCAGCUCCGCAUCGACGUGAAGCCUUUUGAAGAGAGUCCCGUGCUAGAAGACUGGGACAUCAUCAGCCCCAAGGAGCUGCCGGGCAGCGAAGUGACCCUCUGGGAGCGAAAGAGCCUCAACGUCGGGCCCAUCCCCCUGCUGACACAGUCCCUCAUCUCACAGGUGGGGCGCACGCUCUCCAAGGUGCAGCAGGUGCUAAGCUGGUCGUACACGGAGGACGUGGCGCGACCCCUAAAGCCGCCGCUGGGCGACGCGGAGUUCCACUCGUUCCUGAGCCGCGACGGGCAGCUUGUGCGGCCCGAGGAGCUGCGUCUGCGCGUCUACCAUGGCGGCCUGGAGCCAUCCCUGCGCAAGGUCGUGUGGAGGCACCUGCUCAACGUGUACCCGGAGGGCCUGACGGCGCAGGAGAGGCUGGACUACAUGAAGAAGAAGUCCAAGGAGUACGAGGCGCUCAAGAGCCAGUGGAGCAUGCAGGCCAACAAGGAGGAGCUGGAGUUCACCGUUGGCAUGGUCCUCAAGGACGUGCUCAGGACUGACCGGACGCUGCCGUACUACGCCGGCUCCGACGACAACCUGCACGUGCGUGCGCUGCACGACCUGCUCAUUACGUACGCCGUCAACCACCCGCGCGUCUCCUACUGCCAGGGCAUGAGCGACAUCGCCUCGCCCAUCCUCUUCAUCAUGGACAACGAGGCGCACGCGUACGUGUGCUUCUGCGGCAUCAUGAAGCGCCUGCGGGGAAACUUCCUGCCCGACGGCGAGGUCAUGUCCACCAAGUUCCGGCACCUGGCGCUACUGCUGCGCUUCUACGACCCCGAGUUCCACAACUACCUGGUGUCGUGUGGCGCGAGCGACCUCCUCUUCUGCUACCGCUGGCUGCUGCUCGACCUGAAACGCGAGUUCGCCUUCGAGGACGCGCUGCGCAUGCUGGAGAUCAUGUGGAGCUCGCUUCCGCCCGAUCCUCCGCAGGUGGAGCUCGAGCUGAAGGGCGCCCCCCUCGAUGGCACGGAGUGCAGCCAGCAGGCGCCGCACCGCCGCAUGGUGCGGCCACAGAUGACCUCCACCGCUUGCAGGACUGCUGGUGCUGCCCCCGGCACGUUCCCCGCUCAGCCCCGCGCCGCCCUUGCCAAGUCCCAGCCGGAGAACUACCAGACGCCCACGCUGACGCCCACGGGAGCCGGCGCCGCCAUCGCCUCCGUCGGCGCGGUGCCGAACGGAAACGUGUUCCAGAUGGCGCCUUGCCCGGUGGGAAACCUGAACGUGGCCGCCCGCGACGAGCGGUGCCUUGGCCUCGUAGCGGGCAGGCGGCCCUCGCUGAGGAAGUCGUCCGGGAGCGCCGCGUCGGAGAUAUCGGAGGAAGACGAGGACGAGGAGAAGCCGCUGAUGAGCCCCAAGAUGUUGGAGCCCGACCCCGACACGAGCGCGCUGGAGCAAAUGAGGCGUUCGGCGAGCAGCCUGUCGUUGUCGUUCAAGGCGUCGCUCCUCUCGGUGGCCGGGCACAAGCUCAGCAACGCGCCGCCCGCCCUGAUCAACGCCAAGGCGAUAGAGCCGGGCUCGCCUGUGGUGCAACCCGCGCAGUCGCUGCCUCCGCCGCCGGAGUUUGGCAAGGGCAACCCGUUUGUGCUCUUCAUGUGCCUGGCCAUCUUGCUCGAGCACAGGGACCACAUAAUGCGCAACGCACUCGACUACAACGACCUGGCCAUGCACUUCGACCGGCUUGUGCGCAAGCACAACGUCGGCAAGAUCCUGCACCGCGCCAAGGAGCUGUUCGCCGACUACCUCCGUGGGGAGACGUGGUGCUCGGAGGAGGGCGCAGAGGUGCAGGCGGCCGAUGUAGAGCAGGCGUCUCGGUAGCGUGCCGGGACGGGCCCGUCCGCGGCAGGACGGUUUACAGUCGUGCCUGGCUCUUCUGUGGCCAUCUGCGUUGGGAAAAAAAAAAAAUGUUGAUUCCGAUACAUUGCCCCCGAUUACAAACUUGUAAAAAAAAGGAUAUUUAACUGCUGUUCACUUUGAAUGAUCGAUGGUUGAGUAUGCGACUCCUAAAUUGUUUUGACUUGGUUGACGAUGGUACCGGUGAAAGGGAUGAGUGUGAAAUGAAUUCAAAAUUCAUCACCCCUUUUCUGCAUGCAGGAACUCACCUCUGCAGAGGACUUGCCCACUUUCCUCACCGUCUCCUGCAGAGAUUCUUGUGACCUGUUAAUCGGUACCUAGGGCUUUUUGCUUGUAAUAUUGUUGUGUGAAAAUUGGAUGGUAAAAUGACACACCCCCCCACCCGCCCCAAGGUCAGGUUUGAGUGAAGAACGAUGUUCUUGUCAGUUUGCAUGCUUUCUGUGUAUGAUUUUGGUAACAUUUGGAGAGAAAAAAAACAUUCACAAACUGUUAUUGACCUUCAUUGAAAAUUUUAGGAACGAGCUGUAUCACUUCCAGGGAUUAUUUUUCCACGGCCAUAAAAAAAAAAGUCUCAAAUUUUUCUAGAGACUGUACGUGUAAGGAGGUACGCGUAUUCUUGCUUGUGUACAGUUUAAUGCUGCCAAACUGCGCACACCACAUUUCUCAAGGCGGUCCGAUACGGUCUCUGCUGGACGUUUGCUUUUAAUGAAUCGACUUUAUCUCACUCAUUAGUUCACCUAAAGACCAUUGUUGCACACCAAGGGCACUGUGACAAGCAUCGGCUGGCACAUUGGCAUAACCCAAGUGGGUAAUCUCUGAAAUAUUCAAUCCAUCCAACACAAACAAUAACCAUUAAUAUGAUACGUCGACUGGGAAUUGUUAUUGGAUGUUUGGCUGUGAUAGUGUGCUGUAAUUAACAUAAAUUACCAAGAUAAACACAUUUUCCAUGGGAAAUAUUGUAAAUAAAUGAUCUGCCUUUUCAACAAAGUGUUUAUUUGCCAAGCAGAUAUGGUACUUGUUUUUUUUGGCAAGGUGGGCUAGACGGAGAGAUGUAAAUCUGUUUUCAGGCCAAUUUAAUUUUGUUCCAAAUAUUUUAUACCAAAAAAAUACUGAGGCCAGACCGGGACAUUUUGUCUUGGAUUUAAUUCGCAGGAAUGUGCAGGCACCUGGAAAUCAUCUUGCACAAACACACGUACACACGCCUUGUUGCCCUUGAUGGCUUUAUGUCCUCUUCGCUCAACAGCCGUCCACUGCCGUAGUCUGGGGGACGCCAGCCAAGUUCCUGUACAAGUUCACGGCGUCGGAAGCGCAGAUGGGGAGGAUCGUUUUAGCGUGUCGUCGUAACGCCACGCUGUGUCGUGCUGGGUGUAAAGCGGCGAGCUCGUGGCCCGGUGCGGUGAUGUUUUAUUGACGCGACAGUGCAAUUUUUACUUUUUCCCUUUCUGUUUACGGGCCAUCCUUAAUUUGGAUGCUGCUUGCGUUUGUCUAAACCGACAUGGAAAAGGCAAUGCUUAGGACUUUCACUGAAAAGGCAACACAUUUUGGACAUUCUGCGACAGUGUUAAUGUCGAUGUAUUGAUAAUUCUUAAGCUGAAUUGUUUAUUUCUUUGCAAAUAUUUAUUUAGAAUUUUUGUUUACAUUGAGGGGGUCGUAUAAAUGUAAAACACUACAUUUAAACGUUAAAAGCAUGCCUUUACAUUCGCUUUAUUCAACUGUCUUCCAUCUUAGGGUCUGAUGCCAACUUCUUUGAACCAUUUUAGAACCAGUUAUGCAUUGUGUGUGCACGUCAGAUGACUGUGCAUUGCAUUGAGACUUCUGCCCAUGAGGAGUCUUGACAUAGAGACAAAGACUUUAAGGAUGGGUCUUUGAUUAGCAAUUGGGUCACUUGCCUUCUCGUUUGAUAAUUUUAUUUGUUUAUUGAAAAAUAGCAUACACCUUAAGUGAAUAUCAUGUUUACAUUACUUUGUAUUGAGCACAAAGUAGGCUACGUUUGCUACGGAACAAAAACAUUAACAGCCUGUGAUCCGAGUGGGUUGGUCUUUACUCCCUGGGAUGGCGAAUACUAUUCUUGUCGAAAGGUUAGCAUAUAUACACACGCCGUGUUUUAGCGACACACUUCAUUUUGAUGUAGACGUUUUCAAAAGCGUUUCCCCCCCCUCCAAAAUGAUAUUUUAUGUCAAACGUUCUACAAUAUCAUUAUUUACCAAAACUCUUUCACAAACGCCUUCCACAGUGACUUGAGCUUUCGUGCCAUAAUUUGUGACCUUGGAAAUAAAAUAGCUUCAAGAAAUAAUUGUCAGCAAUUGCCGUCCGAGUUGGUAACCGGAUAAGCCAAUUUUGGGCCUAUGGUGCAAGGGCUGCAAAGAAGACCGACAGGGAGGUAAAGCUAUGGUCGUUUCACUUCACAGGGAGACUCGUUUUGCUUCGGGGUGUAAGCAUUGGAUCGC